UCCCUUCCCUGGUAGAGCCAGACGCUGCGACGCCCGCUCCCUGCAUCCUGUGCUGCAGCGGCUGUUCACCGGAGGGGGGCGAACCCACGUCAACCUGUUGUUUGUCCAGCCCCUAUUGAUCAAGUCAGCGCCACAAGGAAGUGCGGCACCCACACACGCUUGGAAAGUUCAGCAUGCAGGAAGUUUUGGGAGAGCUGGGCCAGUAGCUGGGCUGCCCAGACAGCGCUGGGGAGCUCGGAGCAGCGCAGGCGGUGAAGGCGCAGGGCUGCGCAGUAGAAGUCCACCGGCCCAACCCGGUGGACUUUAUUUAUUUACUUUUGGAGCGACGCUGUCCUAGGUCGCUGAGCCCAAAUGCACCCGCUCGUCUUAGUCUCCAUUCUCGUGUGCGCGAACUUUUGCUGCUAUCAGGACACUUUUGCGGCUCCGCAGAGCGCAUCCAUCAAAGCUUUGCGCAAUGCCAACUUCAGGAGAGAUGAGAGCAAUCACCUCACAGACUUAUACCGGAGAGAUGAGAACGUUCAGGUGACAGGCAAUGGCCAUGUGCAGAGUCCUCGCUUCCCAAACCGCUACCCAAGGAACCUGCUUCUGACAUGGCGGCUCCAUUCCCGGGAGAAAACACGGAUACAACUGUCCUUUGACCAUCAAUUUGGACUAGAGGAAGCAGAAAAUGACAUUUGUAGGUAUGACUUUGUGGAAGUUGAAGAUGUCUCAGAAAGCAGCACCGUUGUCAGAGGAAGAUGGUGUGGCCACAAAGAGAUCCCUCCAAGGAUAACUUCAAGAACAAACCAGAUUAAAAUCACAUUUAAGUCUGAUGACUACUUUGUGGCAAAACCUGGAUUCAAGAUUUAUUAUUCAUUCGUGGAAGAUUUCCAACCUGAAGCAGCCUCAGAGACCAACUGGGAAUCAGUCACAAGCUCUUUCUCUGGGGUGUCCUAUCACUCUCCAUCAGUAACGGAUCCCACUCUCACUGCCGAUGCCCUGGACAAAACUAUUGCAGAAUUCGAUACCGUGGAAGAUCUGCUUAAGUACUUCAAUCCAGUGUCUUGGCAAGAUGAUCUGGAGAAUUUGUAUCUGGACACCCCUCAUUAUAGAGGCAGGUCAUACCAUGACCAGAAGUCCAAAGUGGACCUGGACAGGCUCAAUGAUGAUGUCAAGCGUUAUAGUUGUACUCCCAGGAAUCACUCGGUGAAUCUCAGGGAGGAGCUGAAGCUCACCAAUGCAGUCUUCUUUCCACGAUGCCUCCUCGUGCAGCGCUGUGGUGGCAACUGUGGCUGUGGAACUGUCAACUGGAAGUCCUGCACGUGCAGCUCAGGGAAGACAGUGAAGAAGUAUCACGAGGUAUUGAAGUUUGAGCCUGGCCAUUUCAAGAGAAGGGGCAAAGCUAAGAAUAUGGCUCUUGUCGAUAUCCAGUUGGAUCAUCAUGAGCGAUGUGACUGUAUCUGCAGCUCAAGACCACCUCGAUAAAACACUAUGCACAUCUGUACUUUGAUUAUGAAAGGACCUUAGCAGCCAAAAUUGCUUCUAAUCUACAGUGCAAUGAAUACAUAUGGAAACAUUGCUUUGUUAGUGCCAUGGCAAGAAGAAGCAUAUAUCAUCAAUUUCUAUAUCCAUAAACAUAGAAAGUCACUUACUAAUAGUAUGUGAAGAUAUGUAUGUAUAGCCAGAUACAUAUCUAGCUCUAUGUGUGUAAAUAGAUGAAAUACUUUAUUCAGUAUAUUUACUGAGGUCCUCCAGGGACAAGAUUAUUAGAUUAUUACUUGAUAGUUUGCUAAAAUAAGGAAAUGUGUCAAACAUAUGAAGCAUCUUUUAAGAAAUUCAAAAGGUAAGUUUAUUCUAAAACUUUGUAUGACAAAAUGUAUCAGAUCUUGCUCACUUAACGAAGGCAUUUAUCCAUUAAAUGAAAGAUGAGACUUUCUUAUGUGCAUACCUUAAUUAUGUGAAGAAAAAUACAUAGUUUUUGGCCAUAAAAACAAGUUUUGAAAUAUUUUCCUCAUUAAAUGCACUUCUCACCUACAAGUGUGGACAGUAAGUAUCUGUCUCCAUGACUAUACCAAAGGAAUACAAGAUAUUUAACAAUCAAGUCAUUAAGUCCUCUUUUAUGUAUUUUCCCAAUGCAAGCUAAUUAACUGAGCACCUUUCUCAUUGAAUUGCUCAGGGACUUGUUGUGAUAAUAGACAAGCAAUAUUCAAUAGGCAAGCAAUAGCUUGCUGCAGAAUUUUUGAAUUUUUUUCAUUCUAAAAUCUGCAGAAAAGCAAGUGUUUUCAGGAAGAGCAUGCCAUUACACAUGAGCAUUUCGACAUGAUAGUCAUGGCAAGACUUGGGUGAUAGAAAGUCAGAAAUAAGCAAAUAUUGACAUAACUGGAAAUCAAAUGGGCUGUUUGAUAAGGUCCACAUUUAAAAAUGGGUCAAAGUCUUCUAAACUGUGCCAAUAAUUUUUCUGUGUUUUGCUCUUGCAUUUCUAUCUUUUCAAUAUAUACACAUGAAUUUAUAUCAUGUUAUAUGAGACAAGCUAUUAUGGAAUAUUUAUAGCCUAAAAGUAUUUAUGUAUUAACAAAACACCUAGAGCCAGAUGUAAGUUGUGGAGGCACAGAUUUCGCCCUGCCAUCCUACUGGAAAGCUUUUUGUUCUGGUUAUUAGGAGUGAGUUAAGUUUCCUCAGUGACUCCUCUAUAUCUAUUCUAAAGAGACUGAGUCCAGACCAGGAAGUUGUUCAUUGUUCUCCUAAUAAAAUGUUUAGGAGGGAAUCCUGAAGUCAAGUUAGCUUGGUUCUGCUCCCAGGAUACUAUAUUUUUCCUCCUGCCUUAAGAGUAGAAAAGAAAACUGAUUUUUUUCUGUGAGUCCAACACUACCCUGAACACGUAGCAUUUUGUUUCUGGAUCUGUGCACAGGCUGCUUUCAUCCAAUGUCAGUUGAGUAGCUCAUACACACUUGCAUUGCUGUCUAAGGCAAGUUAACAGCUGUGCUCAACAUAUCUUACUGACACAUGUAUUCCAAAAAUUCUAUGCAAUCAAUUACCUGCCAGUUCUACUUAAAUGAUUAUUAUAAUUAAAUCGCACGUUGUUAAGUUGUCAAGCAUGUAACAGAACAAUGAGAAUUAAGCCAGGCUCACAAUCAAGAGCCAUUUUUUUUCUCCAUGGCCAUUUGUAAGCUUCCUGUGAAACAAUGACUCCUGUAAAAAAAACAAACUAUAUAUUACAUCACUCACUGUAAAGGGCACGGCUCAACCCUAUCUGUAAAUAUAAAACAUUAGAGUGUUUUUUCAAUAAACCGUCCAGGAGAUGAUAAUCAAUUAAAGCCUUAUCUGUACCUUUUAUUUAGUAGCUGCAGUAUAAACAGAUGUGUAUUCCUAUGUUACCUUUUCUGUCAUGAACAUUUUAUUAAGCCCAAUCCCUUGGUUAUAUGUCAUCUAUUGCACAUACAAUGUGUAAGAGAUAAAUGUUUCAUUGUCAUCUAAGGAGAAAGAAUAAAAAUAAACCAUUGAA